AUGAUAAUAACGAAGCCGAUCAAGGAACGACGACGGCGAACAAAUCGGAUAGGGAAGAUGCUUCACACUCAUGAGUUCAACCAUCGUGUCUUUAAACUAGUAGUACAUUUAUCUCUCCCAUACUAUGACCCAAACAUAUCCCCAGAAGAAGCCUCCCGCCUCGACUGGGACCUUUCCACCUCCUGCCUCGCUGCCAGCAGCAACAUGAGCAUCAUCACCACAAAAUCAAAACCAAAUGUCGAGACCCCGCUCCUCAUUUCUAGGAGGAACUCUGGUUUUCUCACUCCAGUGUGUGUCGGCACUGGUCGUGACCCUACAUGCUUAUGGUAG